AUAUACUUUUGGGAUUUAAAAAAGUGGGUAAUGGCUGAACAUACUCCAGCUCCUUACACUCCCAGAUCAGUUUACGGCUAUGCCUUGUACAUAGGUUCCAAUAUUUUACUUUUACUGUAUUUAAUCUGGGUUUUUGUUCCCGAGCAUUUUUUACACGAAUAUCUAGGAUGGAGCUACUGGCCCUCGAAAUAUUGGGCCCUUGCUAUUCCCAUCUGGGCCAUAACUGCGAUUAUUGUAUUUACUUCAAUUAUUUAUCCAGCGAUAAACAUGCUUUUGACACCGGAAAUAGACGACAUUAGGACAAUUACAGAUCAAUAUUCCAUUACUGAAAAUAAAAGCAUUCCAGGUGGCGUGCCAUCAAUUUCUGAUAUUCCGAUCACUGAAGUUUGCCGAACUUUGUACCUAUCUGCAGAGAAUGAAAAUAUAGAAUAAGUUUUACGACGAAAAAAGAGAAAUAAAAUAAAUUCCUUUUUUUAUCAUUA